UGAGCCCCGGCCGCACCCGCGCCCCGACCCCCGCCCGCCGCCAUGGCAGAGCCCGCGGCCGUGUCCUCCCUGCCCCGCGAGGUCCGCGAGCAGCUGGCCGAGCUGGAGCUGGAGCUCUCGGAAGGGGACAUCACACAGAAGGGGUAUGAGAAGAAGAGAGCAAAGCUGCUGGCUCCGUACGUUCCACAGACCCAAGGGGUUGAUCCAGCGUUACAGAAGGAAUCCAGACCUCAGAUGCCCGCUCCAUCUGCAGCUCCAGCCUCAGCAUCAUCCUCCUCAUCCUCAUCCAAAUUCCACCGAGCUCGCUCAGGGGGAGCCAGAGAUGAGCGUUACCGAUCUGACAUCCACACCGAGGCGGUGCAGGCGGCGCUGGCCAAGCACAAGGAGCAGAAGAUGGCCCUGCCCAUGCCCACCAAACGCCGCUCCACCUUCGUCCAGUCCCCGGCCGACGCCUGCACUCCGCCAGACACGUCUUCCGCCUCCGAGGACGAGGGCUCGCUCAGGCGCCAAGCUGCUCUCUCUGCUGCAUUGCACCAGAGCUUACAGAAUGCUGAGUCUUGGAUCAACCGAUCUGUUCAGGGGUCAUCCACAUCCUCAUCAGCAUCCUCUACACUUUCCCAUGGAGAAGGCAAAGGGACCAGUGGGUCACUAGCUGAUGUAUUUGCCAAUACUCGAAUAGAAAGUUUCUCAGUCCCCCCAGAUGUGACAGCAACUACCUCCACCCCCUCGGCACGGCCGGCAGGCAUCGACCUCCCUCCCUCGGGAAUUGUCAAGGGGAUGCACAAGGGAUCCAACCGCUCCAGCCUCAUGGACACUGCAGAUGGUGUUCCUGUGAGCAGCAGAGUCUCCACAAAAAUUCAGCAGCUGCUGAACACCUUGAAAAGACCUAAAAGGCCACCUCUGAAAGAAUUCUUUGUGGAUGAUUUUGAAGAAAUUGUGGAAGUUCCCCAGCCCGACCCGAACCAGCCCAAGCCCGAGGGCCGGCAGAUGACCCCGGUGAAGGGAGAGCCCCUGGGAGUGGUCUGUAAUUGGCCUCCAGCCUUGGAAGCAGCUCUGCAGCGCUGGGGAACCACUCAGGCCAAAUGUCCCUGUCUGACAGCGCUGGAUGUGACAGGAAAACCAGUUUACACCCUCACCUACGGCAAACUGUGGAGCAGAAGUCUCAAGCUGGCCUACACCCUGCUUAAUAAACUGGGGACCAAAAACGAACCUGUGUUAAAACCUGGAGACAGGGUAGCCCUGGUGUAUCCCAACAACGACCCCGUGAUGUUCAUGGUGGCGUUUUACGGCUGUCUCCUGGCAGAAGUGAUCCCAGUGCCUAUAGAGGUACCUCUUACCAGAAAGGAUGCUGGUGGGCAGCAGAUUGGCUUCUUGCUGGGGAGCUGUGGGAUUGCUCUGGCCCUCACCACUGAAGUGUGUCUGAAAGGACUCCCAAAAACCCAAAACGGGGAAAUUGUGCAGUUUAAAGGUUGGCCCAGACUCAAAUGGGUUGUGACAGAUUCAAAAUAUCUCUCCAAAUCUCCCAAGGACUGGCAGCCCAACAUCUCAGCAGCAGGAACUGAGCCAGCAUAUAUUGAGUACAAGACCAGCAAGGAGGGCAGUGUCAUGGGUGUCACCGUGUCCCGUGUGGCCAUGCUGGCCCACUGCCAAGCCUUGUCCCAGGCCUGCAACUACUCUGAAGGUGAAACCAUAGUGAAUGUGUUGGAUUUUAAGAAGGAUGCAGGGCUGUGGCAUGGCAUUCUAACGAAUGUAAUGAACAAGCUGCACACCAUCAGCGUGCCCUACUCUGUGAUGAAAACCUGUCCUCUCUCCUGGGUGCAGAGGGUUCACGCCCACAAAGCGAAAGUUGCUCUGGUGAAGUGUCGAGACUUGCACUGGGCCAUGAUGGCCCAUCGGGACCAAAGAGACGUGAGCCUGAGCUCGCUGCGGAUGCUGAUCGUCACCGACGGUGCCAACCCCUGGUCUGUUUCCUCCUGUGAUGCCUUCCUGAGCUUGUUUCAGAGCCAUGGGCUCAAACCAGAGGCGAUUUGUCCCUGUGCCACCUCCCCCGAAGCGAUGACCGUUGCAAUCCGGAGGCCUGGGGUCCCUGGGGCUCCUCUGCCAGGCAGAGCCAUCCUGUCCAUGAACGGGCUGAGUUUUGGUGUCAUUCGGGUCAACACCGAAGAUAAAAACUCUGCUCUCACUGUCCAGGACGUGGGGCAUGUGAUGCCAGGAGGCAUGAUGUGCAUAGUGAAACCAGAUGGGCCACCCCAGCUCUGUAAAACAGACGAGAUUGGUGAGAUCUGUGUGAGCUCCAGAGCAGGAGGAAUGAUGUACUAUGGGCUGGCAGGGGUGACAAAGAACACUUUUGAGGUGAUCCCUGUGAACUCCUCUGGCUCUCCAGUGGGGGAAGUGCCCUUCGUGCGUUCCGGCUUGCUGGGAUUUGUGGGACCUGGCAGUUUGGUGUUUGUGGUGGGGAAAAUGGACGGGUUGCUGACGGUGAGCGGGAGAAGACACAACGCCGAUGACAUCGUGGCCACUGGGCUGGCCGUGGAGUCCAUCAAAACAGUUUACAGAGGAAGGAUCGCCGUGUUCUCCGUGUCCGUGUUCUACGACGAGAGGAUCGUGGUGGUGGCAGAGCAGAGGCCGGACGCCUCCGAGGAGGACAGCUUCCAGUGGAUGAGCCGGGUGCUGCAGGCAAUUGACAGCAUUCACCAAGUGGGUGUUUACUGCCUUGCUCUGGUGCCAGCCAACACAUUGCCAAAAACUCCACUGGGAGGGAUCCACAUCUCCCAAACCAAACAGCACUUUCUGGAGGGCUCUCUGCACCCCUGCAACAUCCUCAUGUGCCCACACACUUGUGUGACCAACUUGCCAAAGCCCAGGCAGAAACAGCCAGGUGUGGGCCCUGCCUCUGUGAUGGUGGGGAACCUGGUUGCUGGGAAGAGAAUCGCUCAAGCCUCUGGGAGAGAUCUGGGUCAAAUAGAAGACAACGAUUUAGUUAAAAAGCACCAGUUCCUGACAGAAGCGUUGCAGUGGAGAGCUCAAGCGACUCCUGACCACCCACUCUUCCUUUUAUUGAAUGCCAAGGGAACCGUUGUGUGCACGGCCACCUGCCUUCAGCUGCACAAAAAGGCUGAGAGGAUCGCAUCAGUGCUGUGUGACAAAGGCCAUCUCAAUGCAGGAGACAAUGUGGUGCUUCUUUAUCCUCCUGGCAUCGAGCUCAUCACGGCCUUCUACGGCUGCCUGUACUCGGGCUGUGUCCCCGUCACCGUGCGCCCGCCCCACGCCCAGAGCCUGGUGGCAACGCUGCCCACAGUGAGGAUGAUCGUGGAGGUCAGCAAAGCCGCCUGUAUCCUCACAACCCAGACCUUGAUGAGGCUGCUCAAGUCCAGGGAGGCAGCUGGAGCUGUGGAUGUGAAAACCUGGCCAACCAUCAUCGACACAGAUGACUUGCCCAGGAAGAGGCUGGCUCAGAUCUAUAAGCCACCCACACCCGAGAUGUUGGCAUAUCUAGAUUUUAGUGUUUCCACAACGGGCAUGCUCACAGGAGUAAAGAUGUCCCACGCUGCAGUCAGUGGCCUGUGCAGGGCCAUCAAGCUCCAGUGUGAGCUCUACUCCUCCCGGCAGAUUGCCAUUUGUCUGGACCCCUACUGCGGGCUGGGAUUUGUGCUCUGGUGCCUUUGCAGUGUGUAUUCUGGACAUCAGUCAGUUUUAAUUCCUCCUAUGGAGCUGGAAUCCAAUCUUUUUCUCUGGUUAUCUACUGUCAGCCAGUAUAAAAUAAGGGACACUUUCUGUUCCUAUUCAGUCAUGGAACUGUGUACAAAGGGACUUGGAAACCAAGUUGAAACGUUAAAGGCCCGAGGCAUUAACCUGUCCUGUGUCCGGACCUGCGUGGUGGUGGCGGAGGAGCGGCCGCGCGUUUCCCUCACUCAUUCCUUCUCCAAACUCUUCAAGGACAUCGGGCUGUCCUCCCGAGCCGUGAGCACCACCUUUGGCUCACGGGUCAACGUGGCCAUCUGUCUACAGGGAACAUCGGGGCCCGAUCCCACCACGGUGUACGUAGACCUGAAAUCCUUGAGACAUGACAGGGUCCGUCUGGUGGAACGAGGAGCUCCUCAGAGCCUGCUGCUUUCCGAGUCUGGGAAGAUUCUGCCUGGAGUCAAAGUGGUCAUUGUCAAUCCAGAGACAAAAGGGCCCCUGGGAGAUUCUCACCUUGGGGAGGUAAGGACAGGUUUUGCUCCUUGGGGCCUUUUCCUGCUGCUCCUUGGGCUUUUCUCUGCUGGGGGACACUUUGGAGCUGUCCUACAAGCCUUUGUAAGGUGAAUUAUUGCUGGAACCUUCAGAAUUUGGGUAUUAUUUCUCUGCCAAGUUUAAAGAAAACCCACUUGAAAAGAAGAUUGUUCUACCCUAAAUCUUGCAGACUGGUCCCCAAAUAGCAUAAUUUACAUUUGGCUUUCCUUUUCUUGAUUACACAUCAGUGUAUUGAUC